CUCAAAUCCACUACUGUGGUGAAGUUUUUAUCCUUUUCAAUCAAUAAAUACAGGAUCGUGAUUUCAUAAAACGUAUAUGAUUGUGUUGGCCGUGGGCCUCCUCCCAUUGUAGUUAGCUCAUAACAAUAAUGCCGCAUACAAGCAUUUACAUCAGCGUGUAUCAUUGUCAUUUUCUUUUCAGUUAUUUAUGCAUAUGGUCGGUUUCAAAAUUGGGAUCUCCAAUUUUCUUGCCCUUUUGGGACCCAAAGGGCAUUUCUUUUUAACAAUUUAAAAUCUUUUGGUUUAGGCAGAGGUUUCUUUGUUAUUUCUGAAGUUGCUUUCUUCAGAUUUGCUCAUACAAUCAAGAGAGGAUUUCAGUGAGGAAGAAAAGCAGAAGAGGGCUUUGAACUUUCUCAAAGAUGGAGUCUGUCAAACCGGUGGCUAUUGCUCCGGGAAAGGGGAAACUUAGACGUGCGUUUGCCAAAGUUCUUCACAUCCAUAAGUUAUCGGGCGUGGCUCCUGAAGACGGUGUUGAGAAAGUGAAGAAGAGCCUGGAAAAGGUCGAAUCCGAUCAGGACUCGGCCAAGAAUGCUAAUCAGUCUCGGCUGUUUGACAAUGUCGAGGAAGAACACGGGAAGAGACUGGCCUUGGAAGCUCUUCUCGCAAAGUUGUUUGCCACUGUUUCUUCCCUGAAAUCGGCUUAUGCCCAGUUGCAGCAUUCUCAGUCUCCGUACGAUUCCGAUGGGAUCCAGAAAGCAGACAACUUGAUAGUGUCCGAGUUGAAGACAUUGUCUGAACUGAAACAAUGCUUCUUGAAGAAACAGUUUGACCCUUGUCCCGAGAGAACAUUACUUCUUGCCGAAAUCCAAGAACUGAAUAGUCUAUUGAAAACGUAUGAGAUCACGGGGAAGAGGGUGGAGUCUCAGCUCAAGCUCAAAGACUCGGAAGUCAUAUUUUUGAAAGAAAACUUGGAAGAACUCGUCAAGCAGAACAAAUUGCUAGAGAAAAGACUGAACCAAAGUCUUCAACUUUCCAACCCUCUGGAUGAUCUUCCCUUGUCGGGGCUAAACCCGACUCAUUUCACCACAUUUCUUCACCACACUGUCAAAUCUAUCAGGGGUUUUGUCAGGUUGACGGUUGAGGAGAUGAAACUCGCAGCAUGGGACAUCGACAUGGCUGCUAAUUCCAUACAGCCAGGAGCUUUCUAUUACAAGACAGAUCAUAAGUGUUUCGCUUUCGAACAUUUUGUCUGCAGGGUAAUGUUCGAGGCCUUUAAUCUGCCCUACUUCUCUGGUUCAAGUGAAUCCUCCAUCAAGAAGAAGAGUAAUGAAGAUAGGAAAGUGUUCUUCCUGAGAUUCACAGAGCUCAUGUCCAUGAAAACGAAGGAAUACAUGACUGGUCGGCCCAAAUCGAGAUUCGCUAAGUUCUGUCGCGCAAAGUAUUUGCAGCUCAUCCACUCCAAGAUGGAACAUGCUUUCUUCGGACACACCCAUCUGAGAAACCAAGUCAACGCCGGGGAAUUUCCGGACACGAGUUUUGCCACGGGAUUUCUUGAAAUGGCGAAACGGGUCUGGCUCUUGCAUUGCCUGGCUUUCUCCUUCGAGCCCGAAGCAAAGAUCUUUCGGGUUUCGAAGGGUUGCAGAUUCUCGGAGGUGUACAUGAAGAGCGUGGCCGAGGAGGCGUUUUACUCGCCGGAAUCCGAGCCACGUGUAGCAUUCACGGUGGUUCCUGGUUUCAUGACCUGCAAGUCUGUGAUACAAUGCGAGGUUUAUCUCUCCAGCUCCUAGAAAACACGUUUGGUGUAAAAAAGAUCAGGCAAAGAUGGCGGGAAAUUUCUCCGGUGACCGGAGGAAAGAGACGGGGGCAAAAUGGUAAUUUCCGAAGACGGCGAGACAUAUUUUGAAAUUUGUGGACCGUUGGAUCAUGGGGCUGUGUUUAGGCAUGUUUGGCUUUGUGUUUAGGUUUGCCAAAUGUUAGAACAGAGUCUCAAAAGGAUCUCAUAGCUGAUCUCCACCAUUAUCACUAUAUGUAAUCAUGUAAAUAAUUCAUAAUAUUAUAAUAUAACUAUGUUUUAAAGGAAUA